AUCUAGAUAUCUUGUAGUUUUAGUAAACAUAAUAAAUAUGUAUAACUUUGUUCCCCUGGUGUUAUGUGUGUCAGGUGAGAAACAUCCACAGUGGGUUGGUUGAUGUAACAAAGAACGGUGGUGGGUGGGGAGAUAGUCAUCUCUCAUUUUGUGUAUUCCUUCACUAUGUUAUCACUAAAACCACCACUACCAACGUCAUCAUCAUCUAUGGUGCAUGUAGGCAGUUGGUGGAAUAAGUCAUAUGGAAGAAGGGCAGCAUUUUUUUAUGGAAAUAUCUAUUAUCACACAUUUUCUUUCCUUUUAACAGACAUGGCUGACACAAGAUGAAAACCCAGUCUUUGCUACGCCUAAGAAACUACUCCAGCCCAGAAGUCUCCAGUGUAUUCCUGUUGUGUGCAGAAAUUGUAAUGAUUUGCAUGUAUACUCAAAGACAAAUGCUUCCAGUGUAACAGAACAGCCUCCUCCUCACCACCACCACCUUGCCACAUGAAAAAAACAAAUUUGUUCAAUAUACUGGCACGGAAAACAUAACUAAAUAUUUUCAUAUUUUGUUCUUCAGGACUUCUUACCUUUUGGUGACAUUCCAUUAUUACAAAGGAAUUUCUAACCCCAUCCACUUUUGUUUUCAUUCUCUACCCCAUCUCUCUUUCUCUGUUUCACCUUUUUUACCAAUCCCUUUUUCAUCACCACCUCAUCCAUCUAAUGCUUCAUUGUUUCAUAGACCCUACAGAAUAUUUUUAGAGCAGAAACUAUUACAUUAUAUUUUCAUCCCAACUUUUGCUCAAAUAUAACGUUUUUUUACUAAAAGUAUAUUGGAUAAAGAUAAAUUAUUUUUUGCUUUAUAUAUACCAUACCACACAACUGGUAGGAACCAGAACCUCUGAUACACUGAUUGAUGACAUUUACAUAGAAUUCCAGAAACGUAUUUUGAUUUGCUGGGAUCUGGGUUUCAGUAUUGUAAUUCUACAUACAUACAAAACGUACAGGUUUAGAGAAUAUCUGAACACAUCAUAUGUGUAUAUCUACAUGCUCUGCAUACACAUACAUGCAUGCACAUACACACAAACAUACAUGUCUAUAAAUAUGUAAGUUUGUGUUAACCUUUAUAUUUAUAUUUGUGUACUUUUAUGAUAAAAACACACUUUGGUAUAGUUAAACGUUGUAACUACAAAUGUACAAAUGUUCGAAACAAUUUUAUUAGGAAACAGUUUAUAAGAACAUAAAACAAUAACAAAACAAGAAUGUAUACUGCUCAUUCCGGUGUAUAUACUACAGUAGGAAACCCACAGCAGCAACAACAACAACAACAACAACAGCAGCAGCAGCAACAACAACAACAAUAUGAUUUCAGUAGCUGCACUAAGAUUUAUGCUGACCCUCAACCAGCAGCUGAAGAUUCGACGAGGGCUCACAAGCAGCAACAUGGCAGUCAUUCUAGCAAUAACAAUUCCAAUAACUUGGACAGUACUGGCAACCAUAACCACAAUCACCACAACCAUUCACAGAGCAUUUCGCCAGGUUUAGGUACCAUUGUUAUUGUUGCUAACAAUAACAAUGGUGGCAACACAGCAGCUUCACCUGGUGAUGAACACUCAGUAGCCAGUGGUAGCCAUGAUGCAGUAAGUCACAGCAACCACAGCCACCAGAACAUUCCUGUACCACUAUCUGGCAUGACAAAUUACGGUGUCUAUACUGGUCAUAGUAGUCGCAAACCCUAUCGGUGUGGUGUGUGUCGGAAGGGCUUUUCUGUAAAAGCUAAUCUCCACAAACAUGAGUUAAUGCCAGAUGAGGAGAAACACUUUUACUGCACUCAGUGUCACAAAGCCUUCAGCCAGCGGGAAAAGCUGACUAAUCACAUUCGUACUCACUCUGGGGUGAGGCCAUUUACAUGUCAGGUGUGUGGUAAAUCAUUUGGUCAACGAACUCAUCUGACCACACAUUCCAGAAUCCACAGUGGUAUUCGGCCAUAUGCUUGCAACCAGUGUCCGAAAAGAUUUAGUCAGAAAGACCACCUAGUCAACCACAGUCGCACACAUAGUGGAGAGAAGCCAUUUCUAUGUGUGAUCUGCCAGAAGUCAUUUUCGCAAAGGGCACACCUCAAGAAACACAGCCGUGCCCACAUACAGUCAUCAUCAUCACCAGGAAUGGGUGGUAGCUGCAACCAAGGUUCUUGCAAAGGUGUAUCAAUGGGUGAGACAGCACAUCCUCAUCAUCAUCACCAUCACCAUCAUCAUCACCACCAUCAUCACCAUCAUGACAAACAGCAUCAGAACACAUCAUCACCAGCUUCUGCUGCAAGUAGUGGUAACCAAAGCAACAACAACAACAAUAUCAACAAGGUGAUGUGUAAAGCUUCCAAAUCACCACCUCCGCCUCCACCUCCACCUCCUCCUCCAGCACUUCGACAGCCUCUGCCGUCAUCAUCACCACAUGCUCACCAUCACCAUCCUCAUCAACAUGGCCAUCAUCAUCACCACCACCACCCCCAUCACAACCAGCAGCACCAGUCUGCUGUUGUAACCCAGCAACCUUGCACUGGAGCUAACAUCCCUGCAUGGCGAUCAACCACACCUGGUACCAGUUUUGGGAACUGGUCAUCAGGUGCUUCUGCAGCAUCUGCUCUCACAACUCCAUGGACACCUGGCUGGACAGACGCACAAGUCAACCAUACCUGCAACCAAGGCAGACCAAGAGAGUGAGCAGCUUUCUGACAUACACACUUCAUACAACAGUCUGAUGGAAUUUCCUUAGUAAUGUAGGGUGGGGGAGCAAUGUUUGCUAGCCAUUGGAUCAACUUCUUUGGAACUAAUGCAGAUUGAGCUGCACUAGCAUCCACCAGUUGCAGUUUCAAUAAUAUCUUGAAAUGUUUACAAUUGCAAUCUAGAUAAGAUGCCCUCAGACUUGUGUGUAUGUCUGCAUUUUUGUUUUGUAUGUAUAUACAUAUAGGGUAUACAUACAUAUAUAUAUUGUGUGUAUAUAUAUAUAUAUAUGUAUACAUGCAUUCAUAUAUACACAUACAAAGCAUUUUCCUGUGUGGGUCUUGCUAUGUACACAAUGUAUGUCUGAUAUAUAUAUAUAUGUGUGUGUGUGUGUGUAUAGAUAGAUAUGAAUAUAUAUGUGUGUGUGUGUGUAUGUAUAUAUAUAUGUGUGCGUGCAUGUACUAAUGUACAUUUGUCCAAUAUUUUUUAUAUGUCAACCCAUUAUAUUAUUUCAGUUAUAGUUGUCACCCAUCCCCAUGCCCACCUCCACCGAUAAUGUUGUGUAUUUCACUCAACUCAACUUCCAUUUCCAACCAACAUUGCUCUAGAUCAGUAGAAAGAAAGAUGUUUUUCCAUAUACAUUUGAACAAUAACAAAAUAAUAAUAAUAAAAGCAACAAUUAUGAGAAUAAAAUGUAUGUUACUUGUA